AUGAUAUAUGAAAUUAGUAUUGAAAAUAUACAAAAAGAUUUAUCGAAUAGGCUAUUAUUAGCUGAUAUUAUACAUGCUGUGUCUAAUAUCAAAGUUCAACAAUUAUAUCAAAAUCCAACAACUUCUGAUCAAUCACUAUACACAAAUUGGGCAAAUUAUUAUUUAGAAAAAGCAAAUUAUACAAAAUUUAUACAAAAUAUACAAAAUGAUUUAUCAAAUGGAUUAUUAUUAGCUGAUAUUAUACAUGCUGUUGCUAGUAGUUUCAUUAAAAUGACAGAUAUUUUGAGGGUUUAUUUUAUGAAAUAUGAAAUUAGUAUUGAAAAUAUACAAAAAGAUUUAUCAAAUGGAUUAUUAUUAUUAGCUGAUAUUAUACAUGCUGUUGCUAAUAUCAAAGUUCAACAAUUAUAUCCAAAUCCAACAACUUCCGAUCAAUCACUUCAUAAUGUAUUGGCUUGUUUUCAAGUGUUACAUUUACUUGGCAUUGAAACAAGUGGAUUCACUGCUCAAGGUAAACAAUUAUCAUCAUUAUUUUGUUAUAUUAAAUAUACUACUGAUAAAGUAUUUGUAAACAUUGUUGACAGUAAAUUAAAAUAUAUACUUGGUCUAUUUUUCAAUUUAUCAAAAUUUAAACAAGAAACUAAAAAAAAAUUAUUACAACAACAAUUCACCUCUUCAACAACACCAACAUCGACAUCAUCAGCAUCAGCUGCCCCAUUUCAUUCAUCAAUGAUCAAAUUACAUAAAUCUCCUCUUAUUCCCAAUGAAAAUGAAAAUCAAAAUCAAAAUCAACACAUAAAAGACAAGAAUCAUUUACAUUGUCAAUCAAAUCAAUCCACACUACCGAAACCGCCAUUACGUAAUACAAUUAGUAAUAAUAAUAGUAGUAGUAGUAAUGUUGAUAACAGUACUAAUAACAACAACAACAAUAAUAAUAGUCCAUUAAAACAAAAUGACCAUAAAACUACUACUACUACUCCUACUACUACUAAUACUACUCAUAUGAAUUAUCAUCAUUCUUCAUUAAAUAAACAACAUGAAUUAAUGAUAUCAGGACAAUUAAAAAGUUCAAUGAAAAGUUCCAUUGUAUCAAUGGAUCAAUGUUUCAAUAUUUCAACAUUGAACACUAAUCAUGAUCAACCUCUUGUUGGAAUAAAUGCUUCAUUAAAUUUUACUAAACCAAAUGUUGCAUCACUACGUUUUCCUACAUCGUCGAGUAGUUCAUUGACAUCUUCAGCAAACUCCAUUUCUUCUGGUAUAAAACCCUUAUCACCACAACCCACACAACCUCCACAACCACAACUGCACCAGCAACAACAAUCGACUAUUCGUCAAUCUAUUCCACGAGCAAAUAAUAAUUCAGUGAAUUUAAAAGUAAAACCACAAAAAUCCAAUCAAUCGAAUAAAAAAUCUUAUGAUUAUCAAAACAGUAACAAUCAUCCGGUGAUAAGCAGUGAUACUAGUGAUUCGUGUAGUAAUAGUAAUAAUAGUAAUUUACCGACAACAAGAACUCAUAAAUUACAACAGAGAUCGCUGACUACUCCGACAUCACCAUUAUUGACGACAACAACAACAACAUCAGUAGCAGCAUCCUCGAAAACAGCAGUAACAGCAACCUCACCUACUACUACUACCAUUACUACUAGUAGUACCACUACUGUACCCUCAUUACUGUUGAAUAGUAAACUACAAAGACCGUUGAAUAGUUCUCAUGAAGUUGUAUGUGAUUCUACGACAGAUGAAUCACAACAUCAACAACAGAAUUCAUCAUCUUCUGAGCAUAGAAGCGCUCCAGUUGGCAUUGGUGUCAGUUAUUCAACUAAAUCAAAUAUUAGCCAAUUUAAAGCAUCUAGUUUUGAAAGAUCAGGAUUAAAAUCUACUACGUCUGAUUUAAAUAUUAAACAAUCUAAAUCUAAAUCCAGUCAUCACCACAGUCAUCAUCAUCAUCAUAAUCAGAAACAAGGAAAUUCUCCAUCACCGAAACAUUCAACAACUAAUAAAAUUAAACCGGACAAUUCUUAUUUCUUGUCAAAUUUAUCACCAAAAUUAUUUGUCGAACAAAAAACUUCACCCACCACAACACUACCGACACCUUCAUCAACAACAACAGCGAAGAUUAUUUCCACUUCCACAGGCAAUAUCUCCACGUCCCCAUCGUCAACAUCAUCUGGUAUACCAAUGCCACGUCAUUUUAAUUUAUAUCAACAACAAUCGACCAUGCAUACACAACAUCCCAUCGCUUCUCCUUCAUCAUCUUUAUCCUCAUCAUCAGCAUCCAUGUCAUCAGCAUUGAAAAUGAAAGAAUCUCCAACAAGAUGUGAUCGUAUCCCACCAUAUUUGAAUGUUCCACCACAUAAUCAAUCGAUUUUCGAUCAUUCAUUGAUCAUGAAUCAUACUACUACUACUACUAAUACUACUACUACUCCUACAAUGAGUAGUAUAGACAGCGCAUACCAAACAACCAAUCCUCAUUUACGUACAUCAAUCAAUCAAUAUUAUCAUACAACACCGAAAUCAUAUAUCAAUCCAAUCAUCAAUCAUGAUCAAUCUAUAAUAAGUAUGAAUAAAUUAUCGGGAAAUAUUUUACAGACAACUACUAAUCCAAUGAAUGCUACUCAAUCAAUGAUGAAACCAAUACCAACAACCACUACAACAAUAACAACAACUCAAGAAAUCACUUCUCAUAUGAAUUAUCCACCACCUUUGCCACCGCAUCAUUCAUAUCAUCAUCAUCAUCAUCCUCCUCCUCACCAUCAUCAGCAGCAACAGCAUCACCAUCAUCAACAACAACAACCACAGUAUUCUAUUCAACAUGCAAAUACAUUUAUUCCAGGAGUGAAUGAACAUCCAACUACUACAUCAGAACAUUCUCUUGCAACGAUGCAUCCAACAUCUUCAAAUUAUCUUCAUGACGCACGACGUUAUACGUCAGGGAAUGGUGUCGUUGAACAACGAGUCAAUCAGCAGCAACACCACCACCUACAGCAACAGCACCAACAACAACAGCAUUUUCAAUCUAUUCAACAAACUUAUCAUCGUUCAACAACAAGUUCACACAACACCAAAACUAGUAUUCCUCCUUAUUCAUCAAAUGAUACUUGUCCUACUACUACCACUACAAUGAACCAAUCAGUAUGCGGGGCUCCACCAGCCCCACCUACACAAAUACACAAUCCUGCUUACCACCAUGUACAACAUACCUAUACACCAAUAAUCCAGCCAUUUGUUCCACCAAUCUCCUAUCGUCCAGCUACACAAGCAAUGAAUUUGAAUUUUAUGCCAAUUACACAGCCAUAUAAUUAUAUGGGUGUAACAAGUUCUCCCCCUGUUGUCGCUACCAUGAGUAGUACAUCCCCUAAUACUACUACUACUACCACUACUAUGACUCAUAGUAAUACAAUUGUUAACAAGAACAAUCCAGUUGUAAGUCGUCGUGCAAGAAUUCACGAAACAAAUCAAACUCACAAUGCAUCGAGUCAUCAAUCUAGCCAUUCAAUACAACAAACUAGUUCAACAGUAUUAGUAGCAAAAACUAAACCAGAUACAAAUGUGACCAGUACUACCAGUACUCCGACUACUACUACUACUACUAGUACUACUAGUACUAUUCCGACUACUUCAGUAACAACAAUGCCAACUAAUCUUACUUACAAAUAUUUACCUUAUAUGUCAUGUCAAACACCACAUUUGAAAGAAGUCAACCAUCCUUCCUCAUCAGAAACUACUCCUUCGAAUGGAUCAACCAUACCACGCACAUCCACAUCUACAAGCGCAAUCACAUCAACAACACCUAUGAAUACAACACAAGUAAUUCACACAACAGAACAACAAUCACCUAUGCCAAUCAAUAAUAAUCAUAACAAUCCGUCUCAUUGCUUAUCAUCAUCACAUAAAAAUCUCAAUAAAAAAUCAAUAAUCGAUAAUACAGAACAACGUCGUAAAGCUCAUGAUUUAUAUGUUGCUUUAAAACAACGUUAUCCACUAACACAUCAAAGCACUCAUAAUAAUAAUCAUAAUAAUAAUAAUUCUAUCAAUUCAAAUCACCACCAUUCAAUGAAUAACGAUUCAAUAAUAGUGAAAAAGAAUAAUUCACCUGAAAUACAAACACAGACUAAAUUAAAAAUGAAUAAUGAAUCGGUGCAAUCAAAACAACCGCUAACAGAAAAAUUAUCCACAGAUAAAGUAAUAAAACAACAAAAUCAUUCAAAUUUCAAUAAACAACCAUUGAACAUUGAAUCUAAUGCAAAUAACAACAAACAUGAAGUAGAGAAUAAAUCACAACAUUCACAAAUAGAUUUAUCGACACCAAAAUUAAAUUUAUUCGAAGUGAAUUCAUUAAAAGUUGUCAAUAUGAAACAUUUAACUAUUUCAUCAGAUAAUAACAACACUCCUCGUACUAUUGGUCAUCAUGAUAAUAUUCUGGAUCGAUUGAUCGAUUGUGGUUAUCAAUCGGAUAGUGCAGUGGAAUUUACUAAUUAUCCUGUGAAUCAUUCAACGCCGCCAUCAUUGAUCAAUGGUGGUGUCACAUGUUAUCAACAUCCUCCACAAUGGCGUAAUUCUCAAACAAUGAUGAUGAUUGGUUCAUUGCCAAGAAAUGUAUUAUUAUCAUCACCAGCGGCGGCGGCGGGAAAUUUGAAUUUGAAUUCAAUGAAAUUAUCAACUAAUUCGAUUGGUGCAAAUGAACAAUAUCAUCAAAGACGACAGUGUCAUUUAGAACAACAACAAGACGUCAAACAAUCACAAAAAGGCGAAGUAGAAGAAGGUGAGGAAGAAUGUGGGAAAGAGGGGAAUUUAAGUAAUUAUGCACGUCGUAUGCAUAAACGACUACAAGAAGGGAUGAGAGCAGCACAAGAAUCAUUAUGGAUGCCUGAUUUGCCAGAAUUCACUAGAAUCAAUCGAUUAAGUCGUAGUUCAUCAAUCAAUAACAAUAAUGAUAAUAACGAUUCGUCUGUCACACAAUUAUCUGAUGUGAUAACAAGUUUAAGUUCAAGUAUCAAUGAAAAUAAACAAACAACUGAAACUCAAAUUGAACAAAAAGCAAGCAAUAAAAUUGAUCAUUUAACUAUGAAUAAUGAAACUUUGAACAUCGAAAAAAGUUCACCAACAUCACCAUCUUUGGCGCUUAACUCUCCAAACACUGGUAUUAGUAGUACAAAAUCAACUUGUCUCAAUCAUCACACACAAACUAACAAUAAUUAUUCAUCAUUAAAUUCUGGAUUCCAUUGGUCUAAUAAGUCCGGUGAUAGAGAAUCCAACAAUUCCCCAUCUUUAAAUAUACCUAAAAUGAAUACCGAUGAUUUAACUAAUGAAUAUCCUAGUUGGGAUUUGAAAAAAAAUGAUGUCUGCUCAGAUGUGGAAGAUUUGUUAAAUCAACAUGAACGACGACGAAUGAUGUCCAUUUCAAGUAAUGAUAACGGUAAGAAAAUCAAUGAAUUGACAAAAUUCAAUUCUGCAUCAGAUACAGAAGAAUUCUUAGCCAAUGAUUAUUACAGAAUUCAAGCAUCUUCAUUGAAAUCUACUAUGCCUUAUAGCAGCUGUAUGACACGACAAGAUGAUCCAAUGCAACCGUCAACAUACAAUCGAUUACGUAGAAUGACGUCUCAUGAUGCUAUGAAAGAGAAUCAUUUUCAACAUCGUUAUUUUAUUCCAUCAAGAUUAUCGAAUGUAGACGGCGGUUUAAUACAACAACAACAACACCAACAACAGCAAAGCUUCUUGACCCGAGUGAAACAACGUCAAACUGACAAUCAUCCACAUCAACAUCCUUAUCAACAUCGAUCAUCGUCAUCAUCAUUGUCGGCUGUGGUCAGUCAUCAUGAUGAUAAUGAUGAUGCUGAGAGAAUUUAUGGGAUUGUCCCCUUGUCACCAUCUUAUUUAUAUAGUCAGUUAAUGCCAUCCAAUGCUGGUUUAUCAAUGAUGAUGAAAGGUGCGCCAGCCAUGAUGAUGAUGAUGAGUAGUAAUCAUGGUAGUAGUGGUAAUAGUGGUAGUCAUGCAUUUAAUCAACAGAAUAAUAAUAAUAAUGUAUUCAAUUUCCCAGGUAGUAUAAGUGCACCACCAGGGACACCAAUUAAAUUACCAUAUGCUACACCAGCAAGUUUAAUUGGUACAACAAGUGGUAGUUUUAGCUGCUGUCCAGAAUCAUCAGAUUUACAAAUAAUAGUGAAUGGAUUUGGCGGAGUGAAUAAUGGUUCAAGACUAUCUCUGACUUCGAAUGGUUCAUGUGUAUCUACGGUAGAGGAAAAACAAGCAGAAGAAAUAAAAAAACUCAAACGUAAACUUGAACAAGCUGAGAAAAAAGUUUUUGAGCUAACUACACAAUUGACAACAAAUGCACAUGUUGUUUCAGCUUUUGAACAAAGUUUAAAUAAUAUGUCACAACGACUACAGAAUUUAUCGAAUACUACCACGAAAAAGGAUUCAGAACUACAUGAAUUAAGAGCUACAAUUGAUGCACUACGCAGUCAAACAGAAUUAGGAUUUUUGAAAAAACCACCAAUUAAUCGACCUUGUGAAUUGAAUAGAUCAAUGAUAAAAGAUACAUUAAAACAACAAGAAACUAUAUGUACUACAACUGCUGCUACUACUACUACCAGUACUACUAAUAUGAAUACCAAUACUACUAACAAUGCUAGUAUGAGUGAAAAUGAACAGACACUUGUGAAUUCACGUUUAACUGUAUCAAAUACAAGUUUGACUGAUGUAGACAGUCAACAUUCGUCACAUAUGGAUCAGUCAAUUGAUAAAGUACCAUCGACUACGUCUAGUUGUAAAUCGUCAGGAAUUAAUGUGAAGAAAAAUGGAUGGGUAAAAACAAUUCGAAUUAGUAAUAAUAAUAAUAAUAAUAAUAAUAAUAAUAAUUAA